AUGGUGAAAGAAACCAAGCUGUACGAUCAGCUGGGCGUCAAGCCCACGGCGACGCAGGACGAAAUCAAAAAGGGCUAUCGGAAAUCCGCACUAAAGUGGCACCCCGACAAGAACAAGGAUAACCCAGACGCCGCCGAAAAGUUCAAGGAAUGCUCCCAAGCCUACGAGAUCCUCUCCGAUCCUGAGAAGCGCAAGACGUACGAUGACUACGGUCUCGAGUUCCUGCUCCGCGGCGGCGGCGCCCCUCCCCCAGAUGCCGGCGGCCCCAACCCCUUCGCCGGGGGUGGCAUGCCCGGUGGAUUCGACUUUGGAGGAGGAGGAGGAGGAGGAGGAGGAGGAGGCAUGCCCGGCGCCGGCGGCGCACGCACGUUCCGCUUCAGCACCGGGGGAGGCGGCGGCGCCAACGGCUUCAACUUUAGCUCGGCAGACGACGUCUUUGCCGAGUUCAUGCGCUCCGGUGCUGGCGGUAUGGGCGGUGCUGGUGGCGGCGCGGGCGGCAUGGACGACUUUUCCGACAUCUUUUCGACGUUUGGCGGUGCCGGCGGCCCGCGCGGUGGGCGAUCACAGCGCAUGCGCAGCAGCGGGUUCGGCGACUCGCCGAGGGCGAGGGAGGCGACGCCCGAGGUCACGACGGUGGAGCGACCCCUCCCGCUGACGUUGGAGGAGCUGUUCCGUGGCGUGACGAAGAAGAUGAAGAUUAAGCGCAAGACCUUUGACGACACGGGCAAGAGGACGACGACUGAUACGGUUCUCGAGGUGCCCAUCAAGCCCGGUCUGAAGAAGGGCAGCAAGAUCAAGUUCAAGGGUGUUGGCGACCAGGAAGAGGGCGGCCAGCAGGACCUGCACUUUAUCUUGGAAGAGAAAGUUCAUCCCUUAUUCGUGCGCGAAGACAACGACCUGGUUCACACCGUCGAGCUGGAUCUGAAGGAGGCCCUCACGGGCUGGAAGCGGACGGUGACGACGAUCGACGGCAAGCAGUUGAACCUCGACAAGAACGGCCCCACACAGCCCGGCAGCUCCGACCGGUACCCCGGCCUGGGCAUGCCCAUUUCGAAGAAGCCCGGAACGAGGGGCGACUUUGUCAUCAAGUACAAUGUCAAGUUCCCCACGAGCUUAACGCCGGCACAGAAGCAACAGUUGAAGGAGAUUCUGUAA